AUGAUCUCUCUGGGCGAAUGGAAGCCCAAAGGUUGUGCGAAACCCGCUGCAUGGAAAGACGCCCGGAGAUACUUCUACUGGGCCCUUCGUGCCCGCAUCGCACGCUCCGACUUACUCGAGCAGAUUGAAGACGGCAACCCCGAAAUGAGCGCGCCGUGUUGUUGGAUUCACUUAUUCCUGCCAGUGACUUGUCCGACAAUCGUGCUCUGGCCAAAGUCCUUGAGCAGCUCGACAUAUCGCCGGCCCUGUCGAAACUCAAGGCUGAUCAUCUACUCAGCCACUUUGCGGAUUGCGGAGGUUGCAGAGGAAGACCGCAAGGCUUCCCUGGAUGGUCUCGUUCGGAUCAUUGAUAGUCUCCCGGAUGAUGCAAUCCGCCAUACAGAAUUCCGUGCGCUUUGCCGGUAA